AUGGGUCUAAAGGGAAGACCGUCAUAUAAGCGUCGUCGUCUCGGACAACAUCAUGUUCUGGGAUACGAGUCACCAGUGUCGGAUGACCCAGCAACACUGACUGAUACACCAUCUAUCCAGGAAUUCGCACGCGAAGAACUACUUGUUAAGAAGAACCCGCUCGGGGUAGAAGCUUUGAAGAACGUCCAUGACCGGUUGAGUACCAACUUUCGUAUGCAACAGCAGAAGAAGGUCUUGGAGCAGGACGCCUCACGUGAAACGGUGUAUACGCCAGAGAAUGAGUCAUCACAGCUACCAACACCUUCACCGACACCGACAAGCAUUGAAGCCAGCCGUCACGUGUUUCACGUACGCAUACAUAAGUUAUCGGAUGAACUGUGCCAGGCGAUAGAAGACAACAAUACAGCUCGUGUCCACGCCCUUCGGGGGGUGUUGGAGACACUGCGUGCGACAUUAGAAUAUAACAAAUGCAAGGUCCCAGCACCACGCAGUUGGCUUGACUGGCCUUCUAAUCGCUACCAUUUAAAUGAUGUCAUGGAACGGGACACUAAGCGAGCCCUCCUCGAAGCGUUGAAGAACGCACAUAUCGCAGGUCUUGAUAUGAUAUGGAGUCUAGCAUGGUACUAUAAGGUGUUGGUUCACAUUACUACCGAUAAAUCCUCACUCGACUACAUUAGGGAUAACACGGAUCAGUUGAAGGCGUAG